AUCCCCGAGAGCCCGCUGCUCUGCGGCUCCGCGGCUGUGGCUGGGAGGGUCGCACCACGCCCGCCCUCCGCGAGUCGCUCCGGGACCCUCAGCCAGGCCCGGACCAGGACCCCCACCCGUCGCCUGUCAUCAUUGCGGCUCCGGCUCUUCUAAAACAGGAUGCCGACGGGCUUCCAACAGAUCGGCUCCGAAGAUGGGGAACUCCCUCGGCAGCAGAUGACAGGGACCCUGGUCCUCGCAGUAUUCUCCGCUGUGCUUGGCUCCCUGCAGUUUGGCUAUAACAUUGGGGUCAUCAAUGCCCCGCAGAAGGUGAUUGAACAGAGUUACAAUGAGACCUGGUUGGGGAGGCAGGGGCCGGACGGACCCGGCUCCAUCCCACCAGCCACCCUCACCACCCUCUGGGCUCUCUCCGUGGCCAUCUUCUCUGUAGGCGGCAUGAUUUCCUCCUUCCUUAUUGGCAUCCUGUCUCAGUGGCUGGGAAGGAAGAGGGCUAUGCUGGCCAACAACGUCCUAGCACUGCUGGGUGGCUCCCUCAUGGGCCUGGCCAAAGCCGCCUCCUCCUAUGAGAUCCUCAUUCUGGGACGGUUCCUCAUUGGCGCCUACUCAGGCCUGACAUCUGGGCUGGUGCCCAUGUAUGUGGGAGAGAUUGCUCCCACUCACCUUCGGGGAGCCUUGGGGACACUCAACCAACUGGCCAUCGUGAUUGGCAUUCUGAUAGCCCAGGUGCUGGGCUUGGAGACCAUGCUGGGCACUGCCACCCUGUGGCCACUGCUCUUGGGAAUCACAGUGCUGCCUGCCCUCCUGCAGCUGGUCCUGCUACCCUUCUGCCCCGAGAGCCCCCGCUACCUCUACAUCAUCCGGAACUUGGAGGGGCCUGCCCGAAAGAGUCUGAAGCGCCUGACGGGCUGGGCCGAUGUGUCCGAUGUGUUGGCUGAGCUGAAGGAUGAGAAGCGCAAGCUGGAGCAUGAGCGGCCACUGUCCCUGCUCCAGCUCCUGGGCAGCCACACCCACCGGCAGCCCCUGGUCAUUGCAGUCGUGCUGCAGUUGAGCCAGCAGCUGUCAGGCAUCAACGCCGUCUUCUAUUAUUCAACCAGCAUCUUUGAGUCGGCAGGGGUGGAGCAGCCAGCCUACGCCACCAUAGGCGCUGGAGUGGUCAACACCGUCUUCACCUUGGUCUCGGUGUUCCUGGUGGAAAGGGCUGGGCGCCGGACACUCCAUCUCCUGGGCCUGGCAGGCAUGUGUGCCUGUGCCAUCUUGAUGACUGUGGCUCUGCUUCUGCUGGAGCGAGUUCCUGCCAUGAGCUAUGUGUCCAUUGUGGCCAUCUUCGGCUUUGUGGCUUUCUUUGAAAUCGGCCCUGGCCCCAUCCCCUGGUUCAUCGUGGCUGAGCUCUUCAGCCAGGGACCUCGGCCAGCAGCCAUGGCUGUGGCUGGUUUCUCCAACUGGACCUGCAACUUCAUCAUUGGCAUGGGGUUCCAGUAUGUGGCGGAUGCUAUGGGUCCUUACGUCUUCCUGCUCUUCGCGGUCCUCCUGCUUGGCUUCUUCAUCUUCACCUUCUUAAAAGUGCCUGAAACUCGAGGCCGGACGUUUGACCAGAUCUCAGCCGCCUUCCGCAGGACACCCUCUCUGCUAGAGCAGGAGGUGAAGCCCAGCACGGAACUUGAGUACUUAGGGCCAGACGAGAAUGACUGAGGGGCGCGGCCAGGGGGAGCCAGCUGCCUCCAGCCCAGACCCCUCCUCUCUGCAGCACUUUAGCCCCUCCUUCCCCACUACUUCCAGGGUGCAGGGGACCCCUACGGCCUGGGAGGACUGGGAAGCUGAAGGGAAGGGUGGUCCGAGCACCCCCUCACUGCCCUGUGUGAUUCUCUUGGAUUAUUUAAGUGUCAUGGUUAGCUGUGGCCACGGGGGUGGGCCUCCCCUCUCCCUUCUCUCCUACCCCCACCUAGACUCCGCGCCAGAAUAGCCUUUCCCCUGUAGAGAGGGGGCCGCAGGCGUAGACGCUGCUUCUUUAGAGGGACGAAGGGACGCAGAGCAGGACGGAGAAGUCCAGCCCCGCCCCGGCUCUUCCCACCGUUAGCAUUUCACCAGAUUCUUGCCACAUGGCCUCUGGGUGAAGGGGGUUGUCUCGACCCCUCCAGGGCAAAGGGCGCACCCUCCCGGAGUCUGGCCUCCCCUUCCCUGCCUUCCUGCCAACUCAGCCUUCUGGGAUGAGAGGGAACACAGCAGUGGGUACUUACGAGUGGCGAGAAGGGACAGCAGGCGCCUGCCUAGACUUGGGGCCUUAUCUAAGGUGCACCUGCCACGCGGGCACCCUAGCUCUUCACUGCCGCUCCGAAGGGCACCACAGGCUUCUGACCAACCAAGGGCAGGCGGGGACUGAAAGGCCGCCUGCAGGCACUGGCUGGGAGGAGCCUGGGGACAUUUUUGUAUAUGUUUGAAGAGGAGGUAGGGAGCAGAAACCAAACGCUGCUGUUUUAAAUGUGUAUAUAGAGAUUCAUCUAUAAAGUCACUGUAAGACGACAA